AGCAUGAAUUCAAUCAGCUGAAAUUCAUGAAUUAAAAACUUUGACAGUUUUAUGAAUUUUAAGUAUACACAUGCCAUUGUAAGCAGAAUUCCAAAAUCUAUAUGUAGUAUCGGCCAACCGCAAAUUGAUAUUUAUCGAGCUAAAAAAGAAUUUGAACAAUAUGUAAAGUUAUUAAGAAAGAUUGGAUUAGAUGUAAUUGAAUUGGCAGCAGAAGAAACUUUGCCAUAUUCUGCCUUUACUGGUGAUAUAGGUAUAGGUGUCAAUGGUAUGGCAUUCCUAUACAACUCUAAAAUUUCUCAGGCCAAAGAAAAACAAAAUAUCAAAAAUAUUAUUAGUAAAGAGUUAAAUAUGGAAGUUUAUGAAAUUUUAGACGAGGAUGCAUUUAUUGAUGCAAAUGAUGUUCUUUUUACUGGCAGAGAGUUUUUUAUUGGCAUUACAGCUAAUACAAAUGAAAAGGGAGCUAAAAUAUUUGCAAACACAUUUCCUGAUUAUUCCUGCUCAUUAAUAAAUUUUAAAGAAAAAAACAGCAACAUUUGCCUAAAAUACUAUGUUAAUUGUUUAAUAAAUGAAGAUAUCUUAAUAUAUAUAAAUAUUAAAGGAAAUUCUAUUUUAAAGCAAAUGGAAAUGAAAGCCUCAUAUAAAUACAAAAUUUUAAUUUUGCCAUUGGAUCUUAUUAACUGUCUCUAUAUAAAUGGUUCAUUUAUGUGUUCAAAUGAUAAGGAAGAAGAUUUGAAGCUAAUUGAAGAAAAAUUGGGCUUUAAGCAAGAUCUAGUGGACCUGACAGAGUUAUCCAAAUUACAUGGUAAUCUUUCGAGAUUGGUUUUACUCAUUGGAAAGCAAAAAAUUGUCAAAUAAACAAAUAUUUCUUGUAGAAAAAUUGAUAGAGAACAAAAAAAAGGCGAUAACAUAUUAUAUGUAACUUAUUACAAAAUAUAUUUUAUAUAUUAAUAAACACAUAACCACACAUACCAUUCCAUAUAUAGAUUUUAACUCCUUAAGGGGUCAGGACAAAAAUUUAAAACGUUAAAAAAACCGAGAAGACAUUUUAAAAUGUUUUGAUUUUUGGGACCUAGAAUGUAUCACGCUAAAAGUGAGAAAACAUUAUAAGCAUAUAUUAUACUGUAAUAUUUUGUAAAUGAUUUAAUUAUUUUAUUGUCAUUAUAUUGGCCAAGGGCAUGAAUGAAAUAUUUAUUUAUGACAAUUACUCUUAUGUAUAUUUAUUAGACUUACAAAAAUGAUCGAACUACGAUAAAUUAAUAUUUGAAAUCUGAAAUGUACAUUUUUUUAUUAUCUAUGACAAAUUUCGUAUUAUAUUAUUAUUUUUUUGAUUAAAUUA